UUGACAUCGUACAACAUGUCCAGCCCGAAAGCUGAUAUUGCGCUGAUCGGUUUGGCCGUGAUGGGACAAAACCUGAUCCUCAACAUGGACUCGAAGGGUUUUGUCGUUUGCGCCUACAAUCGUACCGUGGAUAAGGUUACCCAUUUCCUGGAGAAUGAAGCCAAAGGUACCAACAUCAUUGGGGCCACCUCGCUGCAAGAUAUGGUGAACAAGUUGAAGAAACCACGCAAGAUUAUGAUGCUGGUAAAAGCCGGCAGUGCAGUAGAUGAUUUCAUUAACCAACUGCUUCCGCUGAUCGAGAAGGGCGACGUGAUCAUUGACGGAGGUAACUCGGAACAUCAGGACUCGGCCCGUCGUUAUGAGGAGCUGAAGGCAAAGGGUAUCCUGUACGUGGGUUCGGGUGUAAGCGGUGGAGAGGAAGGUGCCCGCUAUGGACCAUCCCUAAUGCCCGGAGGACAUCCGGACGCUUGGCCAUUAAUUAAAGAUAUCUUCCAGGCAAUUUGUGCCAAAUCGAAUGGUGAUCCAUGCUGCGAGUGGGUUGGCGAAGGAGGUGCUGGUCACUUCGUAAAGAUGGUACACAACGGCAUCGAGUACGGUGAUAUGCAGCUUAUCUGCGAAGCGUACCAUCUAAUGCUGGCACUCGGAAUGACGCAGAAGGAGAUGGCACAGGAAUUCGACGAAUGGAACAAAGGUGUACUGGAUUCGUUCCUGAUUGAAAUCACACGCGACAUUCUAAAUUACCGGGACGAGGAGGGCUAUCUGCUGGAACGCAUUCGUGAUACAGCCGGACAGAAGGGUACGGGCAAAUGGACAGCGAUCGCCGCACUCCAUCAUGGCGUACCGGUUACGUUGAUUGGUGAAGCCGUGUUCUCGCGUUGUUUGUCUGCGCUGAAGGAGGAACGUGCUCGUGCUAGCAAACAGCUUGCGGGACCCAGCACCAAAGCGUCCGUGGCUGAUCGCAAACAGUUCCUUACGCACAUCCGCAAUGCAUUGUACUGCGCCAAGAUCGUUUCGUACGCCCAAGGAUUCAUGCUUCUGCGGGAAGCUGCGAACGAGUACAAGUGGAAUCUAAACUACGGUGGUAUUGCGCUGAUGUGGCGUGGCGGCUGCAUCAUUCGCAGUGUGUUCCUUGGCAACAUUCGCGAUGCGUUUGUGCGCAAUCCGCAGCUGACGAACUUGUUGCUGGAUGAUUUCUUUAAGAAAGCCAUGAUGGAUAACCAACAGUCUUGGCGUGAGGUGGUGAGCCAAGCUGUGCUGUGGGGUGUACCAGUGCCGGCCCUAUCGGCAGCCCUCGCCUUCUUCGACGGAUACCGUUCGGAGCGAUUGCCCGCCAAUUUGCUGCAGGCACAGCGUGACUAUUUCGGUGCUCACACAUACGAGCUGCUGGGUAAAGAGGGUAAGUUCGUACACACGAACUGGACCGGUAAGGGUGGUAACGUUUCCGCCAGUACCUAUUUGGCUUAA